UGUAAGCAAUCCAGUGAUCGGAUCGUGUAUAUGACGGAGUAGUCUAAGCGGAUUUCCAAUCGCAUGUGCCGCGCCAGUAAACCAGCUUAUCUGGCAUUAUGAGUGACGACACUACAUCGAGUCUGGGCUAUGGCGAUGGGCUGCCUGCCUCAGUGGCACCAACGAACGGCCUGCUGGACGCUGUGGAUGAAAGUGGCUUCUCGCAAUCGCUGUUGACCUUUGCGGCGAUCAUGACCUUUCUGAUCAUGAUCGUCGGCAUCUGUGGCAAUUUUCUGACCGUUGUCGCGCUGCUCAAGUGCCCCAAAGUGCGCAAUGUGGCCGCCGCCUUCAUCAUCAGCCUGUGCAUAGCCGAUCUGCUGUUCUGUGCGCUGGUGCUGCCGUUCCAGGGGCUGCGCUUCGUGCAGGGCGGCUGGCGGUACGGCAAGAUCCUGUGCCGCGUCAUCCCGUUCAUCCAGUACGGCAACAUUGGGGUCUCGCUGCUCUGCAUCGCCAUGAUUACGAUCAAUCGGUAUGUGAUGAUCACGCAUCAUAGCUGCUAUGCGCGCAUCUACAAGCGCCACUGGAUCGCCGUCAUGAUCGCCGCCUGCUGGCUGGUCUCCUACGGCAUGCAGCUGCCCACGCUGCUCGGCGCCUGGGGUCGCUUCGGGUACGACACUCGGCUGCAGACGUGCUCGAUCAUGAGCGAUGCGCACGGGCACAGCAGCAAGACGACGCUGUUCAUAACGGCCUUCGUGAUACCCUGCCUGGUGAUCAUAGCGUGCUAUGCGAAAAUCUUCUGGGUGGUGCACAAGUCCGAGCAGCGGAUGAAGCGGCAUGCCACCAAGCAGAACUCCAUACCCAACAACCUGAGGGCGGUCGCCAGCCAGCCGAACAACCAGGCGGACAACCAGACGGUGGCCGGCAGUCGCGUCUCCACAGACAGCAGCAGCUGCUCCACGGACGUGCCGGAGACAGUGAUACCCGCCGGGGUCGGGGGCAAGCAGCCGACCACGCGGGUCAAGGAUCAGCGGGAGGUGCGCGCCAAGCGCAACGAAUGGCGCAUCACCAAAAUGGUGUUGGCCAUCUUUCUGUCCUUUGUCGUCUGCUACCUGCCGAUCACCAUUGUCAAGGUGGCCGACAAGGAUGUGGAGCACCCGAGCUUGCACAUCUUCAGCUACAUCAUGCUCUACCUGUCCGCCUGCAUCAAUCCGAUCAUCUAUGUGAUCAUGAACAAGCAAUAUCGCAAGGCCUACAAGACGGUUGUCCUCUGCCAGCCGGCGCGCCUCCUGCUGCCCUUUGGCAAAUCGAAUGGGCCGAAUAGUGCUGCAGAGAAAUGGAAAGACACCGGAUUGAGCAACAACCACAGCCGCACCUUGGUCUCCCAGAUGUCCGCCGGCGCAGCAGCGGCUGCAGCGGCAUCGCCAACGGCAGCGGCAGCGGCGCCUGCACCGACAUCCGACUGCCCGUCCUUGCCGGCAACCAAAUCGGGUCAGUCACUGGAGCUGCUCUCCCGCUGUCCGGAUCUGAUAAGCCGCUCGAAUUUGCCCCCGUUGGCUACGCCCCCAACACCCCCGCCGCCUUCGGUAACGCUCGCAGCCAGCAGCAACAGCAGCGGGAGCUCCAACAGCAACCGGCUGCCACCCAAGAAGAGCAAUCACUCCUACAUCAACAACGGCUUCAACAGCAGCGGGGCGAGCAGCAGCAGCAGCAGCCUGAGCAGCGGCGUUUAUCGACCCGCAGCUGGCUCGCUGGCUCCGUUGGGUCAUCGUCGCAUCACCAUGGUGGGGGACGACAUCAUACUGGAGGAGGAGGAGCUGCCCGCCACGGAGCUGCCAGCGCCGACGAUGAUGGCCAGCAAGGUGACCAAAUCGCCGAUCUACAUGAACAUCGACAGUCCGAAGAGAAACCAAUCUUAUAGCGCCAAUGCGACGGUCAAGGAUGAUGCACUGCAGCAGGCGCCGGUCCAGGACCAGGAUGACGCUACCAAAGUGCUGACGAAGCCUCCAAAUCCAAAAGACUAACGAAAUGCUUUAAUUCCAAAUAUCGUAACUGUUACAUUCCCCCCCUCCCUCCCCACUACGUGCGCUAUGUAUUUAGCGUAUAUCGUAUAGCAUAUAUCGUACACUCAAUACACUCGAUUACGGCACGCUCAUACAUGUAGAUAUCGUAGAUUGUAUUCUGUGCUCUCUAUAUCGUUUACGAUAGCCAGGGAGCACUCUAUACGCUUUACGAUGUACUCAAAUGUGUCUCGUAAAUUCUACAUUAAGUUAUAACGAUUACGAUAUAUGUGGGUUGACACCUGUGCCGUAAACGAUAUUCAGAUUACUGACUCUGAUAUAUAUGCGAAUAUCGUAAAUGGUACUCGAAACUGAUAUUUCGUAUGCUGAAUAUCGUAAACGACACAUGCACACAUACAUACGUACGCAUAUCGUAAUCGCAAUAUAUUUAUAGAUAUUUAUCGUUGCUCCGCACCUAGUAUUAACCACUAAACUAAGCUCUAUUUAUAUAUUUCUAUCGAUCCAAUCCCUCCAUCCGAUAAGCAUAUGCAAAACUCUAUAUAUU